UUCAAGUACCAGUUGCUUUGUGACCUGGUGAACCUUCUCCAGCCAGGCAACUUCCUGUUCACCAUCAACUUCAAGGAUGGCUUCCACCAUGGUGGAGAUCACCAACACCUCCUUGGCUUCUGCUGGUGGAAUUGCCAAUACAUCUUCUGUGCCUUCCCAUUUGGCCUGAAUGUGUUGCUGUGGCCUGGGUGUCUGGUGCAUGGCAUAUAUGGACAACCUGAUCAUCAUGGCGCCCAGCCAGACCAACACACUUCACCAACACACAACAGUGCUCAAGACCAUCUCCAGCCUUUCUUGGCACAUAAACUGGAACCAAGCCAGUCCAAGGAGUUCCUGGGUCUCACUGUCAACACCUUGGCCAAGCCUCACUUCCAGGUGGCAGGCCACUGCUGCUCCCUGACAUGCACAAUACUCCCAACCCAGCUCCUGCUACACAACCUGUACCAUAACAUCAAACACCAGCAGGACUGGAACAGCAUGAUUCAACUGUCACCAGCAGCCAUCAACAACCUGCACAAGUGGAGGACAGGUCUCUCAAAGUGGGACAUCCACAUGGCAACAACACAACCCUUCAACAUGGUGCUUGACACUGACACCUCCCUGACUAGGUGGGGCACAGCCCUGAAGGUCUCAAGCACUAUUUCCACAGGCUGGUGGUGA